GAAGCUGCGGAGCGGAAGAGGCGCCCGCCAGCAAGCGGGUAGACGCGGCUUUCUUUGGAAGGGGUCGGGCGCCUUUUGCUCCGCCCCGCUCCCUAGCAGCCCAAAGCGGGUGAAGGGUCACGCCUGCGAGUUGUAGGUCAUGGCUGUAGCCGUGCGGCUCGGGCGCUUUCUCCCUUUGGGACGUAGCUCCGCCCCGGCACCUCGGCUCCCCACCUGUGCUGCCGGCAGCCGCGGGCGGUGCGUUCCUUGGCGACCCCGCGGCUCUGAGGUGAUGGGAAACCCAGGAGCCUUCAAAAGAAGUCUUUUAUUCUCAGCCUUGUCUUAUUUGGGUUUUGAAACUUACCAAGUCAUUUCCCAAGCUGCUGUGGUUCACGCCGCAGCCAAAGUCUUCAGAAUUGAAGAAAUCCUCGAACAAGCAGACUACCUGUAUGAAAGUGGAGAAACAGAAAAACUUUAUCAGUUGCUAUCCCAAUACAAAGAGAGUGAAGAUGCAGAGUUACUGUGGCGUUUGGCACGGGCAUCACGUGAUAUAGCUCAACUUAGCGGAACCUCAGCAGAGGAGAAAAAGCUCCUGGUCUAUGAAGCCCUAGAGUAUGCAAAAAGAGCACUAGAAAAAAAUGAGUCAAGUUUUGCAGCUCAUAAGUGGUAUGCCAUCUGUAUUAGUGAUGUUGGAGAUUAUGAAGGCAUCAAGGCUAAAAUUGCCAAUUCCUACAUUAUCAAGGAGCAUUUUGAGAAAGCAAUUGAACUGAACCCUAAAGAUGCUACCUCAGUUCACCUUAUGGGUAUUUGGUGUUACACUUUUGCUGAAAUGCCUUGGUAUCAAAGAAGAAUUGCUAAAAUGCUGUUUGCAGCUCCUCCUAGUUCCACCUACGAGGAGGCUCUAGGCUACUUUCACAGAGCAGAGCAAGUGGAUCCAAACUUCUACAGCAAAAACUUGCUUCUGUUAGGAAAGACAUAUUUGAAGCUACGUAACAAAAAGCUUGCUGCUUUCUGGCUAACAAAAGCCAAGGACUACCCAGCACACACAGAGGAGGAUAAACAGGUACAGACAGAAGCUGCUCAGUUGCUUACAGGUUUCAGUGACAAGAAUUAAGAAUUUUCCAGUGAAAUAUCUAACAAACACUGCCUUUUCAUCAAAUUAUAACAAUAAUAAAUACAUUAACUGUU